ACAACAGGGGUUUACUGUCUGCAUGUGUGGGUCGCAGAACAGAGACAGAGAAACGGUAGAUACAGUCCAGGCUGCCAGGGAGAGACAAUGGGCUCUCUCUUGACGCUGUGGCUGUUCGCAGCAUUGCCAGGCCUGCUGUGGGCCUCACACAGCACUCUGAUUGUGGAGGGGGACAAUGAUGCCUCCAGGAUCUGCAAACCUGCCCCCCAGUGGGACAUUAAGGGAUAUGCACCCAUGCAAGACCUGUUGGGAAACGUGGCUGUGGUGGCGCUGCUGAAGGCUGCCUGACAGUUCUGCCUCAGGCAGGCAUCCAAAAUUGGAGGCCUGCGUGAUAGGCUGAAUCGCAGCAACAUGACUGAGGUGUCUUUCAUAAUAGUAAAUGAGCGUGACGCUCAUUCCAGAGCAAUGUACUGGGAGCUGAAGAGAAAUGCUCCCACCGGGGUCCCCGUGUUUCAGCAGCAACCUCUUCAAAAUGACGUCUGGGAGGCUCUGGACGGAGACAAAGAUGACUUCCUGGUUUAUGACAGGUGA